AACAUUGCCAGUUGCUAUCAGUGCUAUGACAGACUUUUAAUUGGACUCAUUUGACUUACUUGCACUGUAUAACCUCAGAUAUCAGAUGUGGAAGAACAUGAAGGAGUCUGCUAAAGAAUGGAAUAUUUCUUUUGCCGGCUGUGGAUUUCUGAUGGCGUACUACUGUGGAGUUUAUUGCUGUUUAUUUGAACGCUCACGGUUUCUUCUUGAGGGGGUGACAAAGAUUUGUGGGGCUUCAUCUGGUGCCCUCAUGGGUGUAAUAUUAGCAUGUCAAAUGUCUCCAACCAAAUGCUGUGAAAAUUUGCUGGAAAUGUCCCGAGAGGCUCGAAAAGGCACUCUGGGUGCCGUACAUCCCUCCGUCAACUUGUUGAAGGUAGUUCAAAACUUCCUGACCCGAGAUCUGCCUGACAACGCCCACAUACUCGCCACCGGACGACUGUGUGUGUCCCUUACUCGUGUGUCAGAUGGAACAAAUGUGUUGGUCUCUGAGUUUGACAGCAAAGAAGAUCUCAUUCAGGCGCUGGUUUGUAGCUGUUUUUAUCCACUGUACUGUGGCGUGAUACCUCCAAGCUAUCAUGGAAUUAGGUAUGUAGAUGGUGCAUUAAGUGAUAAUAUGCCUUACGCUAGUCUGAGAAACACAAUCACCAUCUCCCCUUUUUCUGGGGAGAGUGACAUCAGUCCUUACGGCAACCCCUUUUACUUCCAUGAAAUAUAUUACAAUAACGUCAGCAUUCACAUCAACUUCAUUAACGCAUACCGAGUGGUCAUUGCGUUUUUACCUCCAAAACCAGAAGUUUUGGCUGACAUAUGUCAAAAUGGCUAUAAGGAUGCUUUCAUAUUUUUAAAAGAAAAUGACAUUCUGAAGGUGCAGUCACCGCUAUCUGAGUUGACCUUGACUAAUGAAUGGGAUCAUUUUCCAUCAUCUUGGAGAUAUGUUACAGAACACAAGCCGACAAAAGACGAAGAUUAUUAUAUUGCAAGUUGGUCAAAAGUGAACAAACAUGCUAAAAACAUCCUUCCAGAGUCCAUCAAAAAAGUGUUUUGUAAGGCCAGGAUGAGGGAAAAUGAAGAAAUGAGAUGCACUCUCUCAGGACAGCUGAGCUGCUUUGUAAAGUGGUGCAUUCUGCCAGUGGAGAUGGCUUACCUCAUGCUGCUUAGGCUUGCUGUAUGGUCUCCAGAGAUGUGGUCUGAUCUGAGGUGGAUGUGCCAGAUGACCAGCAAAGUUAUUAGAUGGGUGUGGAAGAAAGCAUUCUCAAGAAGUCAUUUACACGCACACAAGUCUCCAGCUCUUCAUCACAAUGGCUUUUCAUCUUCUGAUUCAACUGACUGACCACAACCACCCCAUCGGACUAAUCCUUCUCUUCUGAUAUGCUGCAUCAUUCACUUUUUUUAAUUUAUAAA